AUGGACAAGUUCCUGAAGAAGAGCCGGCCGCGCGAGGCGGAGGAGCAGCCCGACGCGGACGCCGCCGCCGCCUCCAAGGUUGCGCGCACUUCCGCGGCCUCCGGCUCGGACGCAAAGCCGCUUGCGCCCGAGGUUGCGAGCCUGAUCGAGCACCUGACUGACCCGCAGUGGCGCGAGGCGCUGCGCGGCGAGGUGUGCAAGAGCUACUUUGCGCAGAUCGCGCGUGCCGUUUCGCUGGAGCGCGGCAAGAAGACUGUCUUCCCGCCGGCGCCCGAGGUCUUCUCCGCCUUCAACCUGACGCCGCUGCCCGAGGUGCGCGUGGUGGUCCUCGGGCAGGACCCGUACCACGGCCCUGGCCAGGCGCACGGGCUCGCCUUCAGCGUCGCGCGCGGCGUCGCUGUCCCACCCUCGCUCAAGAACAUCUACAAGGAGCUGCAGGACGACUGUCCCGGCUUCAAGCCGCCGCAGCACGGCCACCUGGCGGGCUGGGCGCGGCAGGGCGUGCUGAUGUUCAACGCGACGCUGACGGUGCGGAGAGGCGAGGCCAACUCGCACGCCAAGCUCGGUUGGCAGGACUUCACCGACGCGGUGAUCCGCGUGCUCGACGCGAGGACGACGCCCACCGUCUUCAUCCUGUGGGGCGGCUUUGCGCAAAAGAAGGGCAAGAUGAUCUCGCGCACGCGGCACAAGGUGAUCGAGGCGGCGCACCCGUCGCCCCUCUCGGUCACAAAGUUCCGCGGCUGCAGGGUCUUCUCCAAGGCCAACGAGUACCUCGAGCAGAAGGGAUUUGCGCCCAUCGACUGGGCGGCGCUGUGA